CACAGCCUAGUGUCUGGGCUGGAAGGGAAACAAAAGGAGCGGCUUGGGUUCCCUUGGUUAUGGCCAGCCCCUUCAUCCCAGGGCUCAACCCUCAGUAUCCUCAUUAUCUCCCAGGGUACACUGGACACUGCCCAUUACUUCGCUUCAGCAUGGGCCAGACUUACGGGCAGGUGACCAGUCAGCUACGUCGAGGCGCUCCUGGCCUGGCCUGGCCCCCUGCCCAACGCACACUUCUGCCUCCCAUUCAACCUCCAAGAUCUCGUGAGCUUCCCCGGGGGAGUCUGCCUCCCAGGUGUGGGCAUGAAAGGCUCAGCUCCAGCAUGGUCCCUGGGUACACAGGUUUUGUACCCCAGGCUCAGUUUAUCUUUGCUAAGAACUGCAACCAGGUCUGGGAUGAGGCUCUGCAUACCUUUACUCAGUGGCAUGGGAGACAAAAGAAUCAUGAACUGUCAAAGGAGGUUAAUGAAGAAAAAGACAUGGAGAAAGACCAAGAGUUAGGGGCAGAGGAGCCGCCAGAAAUGAAGCAGAAGGUAGAACAAGCAUCCCCUUACUCCAUGGAUGACAGAGACCCUCAGAAGUUCUUCAUGUCAGGCUUCACUGGCUACGUGCCCCGUGCCCGCUUCCUCUUUGGCUCCAGCUUCCCUGUGCUCACCAACCAGGCACUGCAGGAAUUUGGGCAGAAGUACUCACGGGGCAGUACCCCAAAGGAUCCUAAACAUCUCCCCCCAAUUCCCAGGCCCAGCCUUUAGCCCCUGGGUAUUCUAGCUCACUAUGGGGGCUAUGUGCUGGGUGAGAAUAGCCUUUUGGGGAUUUGGGGGGACUGGAAUGUUGGUGUGGGUAUGGGAUGGCUAUGGUUUGGGGAACUGGAACAAAUGUGAUUGAGCUUUGUUGUUAGGAAACUAAGGCAGCUCACAGUGGGGAGUUCGGAAUAGAUUUUCGAGGCAGUUUGGAGUCUCAGGCAAUUGGCUGAGAAUUAAAUGUUUUUCAUGCCGCUGGCUACAUAUGACAGAGGUUCUUGGCCACAUAUUUGGGCAUCUCACCCAUGAUGCUUUGGGUCUCAGCACUUCCCAGAAGCAACCCUUGGCUUAUGUACCCAUUCUUCAAGUUCUCCCUUUUCAUCCUACCCCAGUUAUCCUUUUG